CUAUACUUCCAUUUAAAAGAAAAGAAAAACGUUCGUUAAAUACUCAUUUGAACUUACACCGCGUGACCUAGCCAAGCCAACACAAAGGGCACAGAAGAGGGUUUCUUUUCGUUUCGUUUCAAUGGGGAGCGAAGAGGAGAACGGCGAAUUCUACCUGCGAUACUACGUCGGGCACAAGGGCAAGUUCGGUCACGAGUUCUUGGAGUUCGAGUUCCGCCCCGACGGGAAGCUCCGCUACGCCAACAACUCCAACUACAAAAACGACACCAUCAUCCGCAAGGAGGUUUACCUCACCCCCGCCGUUCUCCGCGAGUGCCGUCGCAUCAUCUCCGAGAGCGAGAUUAUGAAGGAAGAUGAUAACAACUGGCCGGAACCUGAUCGGGUGGGGCGGCAGGAGCUGGAGAUUGUUAUGGGGAACGAGCACAUUUCGUUUACGACUUCAAAGAUUGGGUCUCUUGUUGAUGUUCAGAGCAGUGCUGACCCAGAGGGUCUUCGCAUCUUUUACUAUCUUGUUCAGGAUUUGAAGUGCUUUGUCUUCUCUUUGAUUUCCCUUCACUUCAAGAUCAAGCCUAUCUAGGGUGUUUGCAAUAUUAUGCAUUCAUCCUCUGGGAAAUAUGUACUUGUUUAGCAACUCUCACUUUUUGCUAAUGGAGUUCAGCUUCUGAUAGAUUGACUUUGUAAUCGUGAAAUGAUUUAGUUCUGUAUUGGUGGUUACAUGAAUUGGAAUUUUAGAUUUGAGGGUAUAGCCCUUGAACUAUAAGUGUUGAUUGGAUUGGUUUUUAUGCAUGGCUUACUUAUUCUUUCUUUCCUUUGCUUUCA